CUAUGCAUUUACUCUCUCCCCCCCCCAAAACACCAUUCUCCAUUUGAAUUUUCGCUGCCCCAUAGAUCUUCAUCUUCCUCUCCUCCCUCGGGUUCGGGUCCUCCGAUUUGCAAAACCCCGGAUCUUUUAUAUUCUACCCAUUCAUAAAUCUCUUCUCUCUUUACUCAAAUCUGUUUUUAUGGAGCUCUGAUUACCGCUGGUAAGGAGGGAAACUUUCUACCCAGUUUUUAUUUUAUGCUUUGUUUGGUUGCUGAGAAAGUGAAGGAAACUAAAUCUUGAAGUUCUUUUUGUAUCCAAUGGAUUUCAAUAAUCUUGUUCCCAUUGAUGGGCUUGAAAAAGCCCAUCAAAAUGGUGUUCAUGUGCAAAGUUCUGCCUCUGGGGAUGGUGUUGUUUCAAAUAAUGUAAACGGGACUAUUGAGAAAAUUACAGAUUCUACAUGGCCAGACGAAAAUUUAGAGAUUGCAUCUAAGUUGGAAGACAGUGCUACUAAUAAUUCACGUGGAGGCGAAUUCAGGGAAGGAUCAAAUUUACAUGUAAGAAGCAAUGGAUUCACUGGUUCUAAGGAAGGGGACAUAAAAGAUGCUGAACAUUCAGAUCAAGUCAAAUCGCUGAAGGGUCUUGGAAGGAGCAAGAACGAAAAGCCAUCAAACCUCAAAAAUGUCUCAGCCACUCAGACGAAGAAUGGCAAGGAUGGAAAAGUCGCCAGGGCACCUCCUACUGUCUCAAAUGGUUCAGUUACAUCAAAUUCACAGUCAAAGCAGCCUUUGAAAAUCAAAGCAUUCAAUCAUAAGCAGCAUUCUGAGAAGUCUGAUGUGACAUCCUCUGAAGGCCACAUGGAGAGGACGAAAGUGAAAGCUUUGAAAAAAGGACCUACCACUAAAGCUGAAGAGGAGCCACAAACUCCUACAAGUCCCACUGCAGACGAUACCAAAUCUCGUAGAGUGGGUACACUUCCAAAUUAUGGUUUUAGCUUUAAGUGUGAUGAACGAGCUGAGAAAAGGAAAGAGUUCUAUUCUAAACUCGAGGAAAAGAUUCAUGCCAAGGAAGUAGAAAAGAAUACUUUACAAGCGAAAUCCAAGGAAACCCAAGAAGCUGAAAUUAAGUUGCUUAGGAAGAGUUUGAACUUCAAAGCAACACCAAUGCCUAGCUUCUAUCAGGAGCCUCCACCACAUAAGGUGGAGCUAAAAAAGAUACCCCCAACAAGACCCAAAUCUCCCAAGUUAGGCCGAAGGAAGAGUUCAUCUCCUGUAGAUCCUGAAGGAAACAAUGGCCAGAGUAGUCGACCUGAUCGGCUAAGUUUAGAUGAGAGAAUGUCUCAAAACAACUCUGUCAAAGGACCUUCUCCUGUUCAUUCAAAGAAGCCACAGCGAAAGUCCCUGCCUAAAUUGCCUUCUCAGAAAAGCAGUUUAUCCAACGCAACAAACGAUGAAAAAGCUGCAUCAUCUAAAGCAACAAAUGUGGAAAAUGCCACCUCGUCUAAUCAAUUGAAUGAAGAUGCAUCUCCAACCCAAGAGGUUCCUAUGGCUGUAUCUAGUGAAAUCCAGUCCCACAAAGAUGAGGAGCUAGUUGUUGGAGAGGAAGGUCAGCCUAAUUUAGUGCAAGAACCUAUAGCAUCCGAGUGUUAAUCAGAGCAACAUUAGAAUCGGAUGCGCUUACAUAGGCCUUGAAUCGGUGUCCGUAAAUAAGAGUUCAAGACUUGAAUCAUCUCACAAUGGAGCAAUGAAGGAUAUUACAGUAUGGAUUGUGAUGUCAUGUUUUUCAGUAGUCAGCAGCAUUGAUUGUUUUGUGUGCCUGCUUUCAAGGUUACUGAUCUUCUCAUUAGGAUUCUUCAUUCUGCUUGCAGCAUUGUGUGUUACCAUUUGCUAAAUUUACCUUAUUUAUGUUGUUAAGAAUCCUUUAUCCGCUUGCUUAUUGAAAAUAUUUUUGGAAAA